AUGGAGGCUGCGGUGGCGAGCGCUCUGACCAAGGAGGUGGUGCUGAAGCUCGUGGCGCUGCUGAGCGAGAAGCACAAGCUGUCGAGGGGCCUCAAGGACGACAUCCGCUUCAUCCGGACCGAGCUCGACAUGAUCUCCAGCGCCAGGGACAGCCACAUGGCGGCAGGGCGGGAUCCGGCGAGCAGCUCCUCGCGCAUAUCCAUGGAGGAGAUGCGUGAUCUGGCGCACGACAUCGAGGAUUGCAUAGACCGGUUCCUGCCCUGCCCCUGCGUGGCCUGCCAGGGUCAGGGCGAGGCCGCGUCCGUCCUCCGCCGCGUCAAGAAGGCGGCCACCAGCGCCAGAUCCCGGUUCGCGGCCGAGAUCCACAAGCUCCGGAGCAGGCUCAAGGACGCCCACGACCGAAGGGUCAACUACCAAGCAGUCAACGGAUCCUCCGCCGGAGCUUCUCCGGCGGCCGCGGACACGGGGGCGGAGACCGACCCCGUGGGCAUCGACGAGCCAAAGCAGGAGCUUGUCGACAUCUUGUUGCAGCAGACCGGGCCGGGGAAGCCCGGUGUGAUAUCCAUAGUCGGGUUCGGCGGCUCCGGGAAGACCACGCUCGCAAGGGCAGUGUAUGAGUGCCCCGGAGUCGUCCGGAGAUUCCCCUGCCGCGCCUGGGCUGUGGCCUCGGAGCACAGGGAUGCCGAGGGGCUCCUGACCACGAUACUCCGGCAACUCCGCACCACCGAUGCGCCGCUGCCCCAAAUUUCCAUGGAUGGUUUUCUGCGGACUACAGAGUGCUUAAUUGUAAUCGAUGACAUCAACAAGCAGAACUGGGAUGUCAUCAAGUCCAUCUUACCCAGGGAAGCAAAAAGCAGAAUUAUAGUUACCACGGCUCUCCAGUCAGUAGCUAAUGCUUGCAGCUCAGGUGACGGUUAUGUUUACAAGAUGAGCAUUCUUAACGCGGAGCACUCCAAGGUUUUGCUAAUGAAGAAGGUUUUCUUCCAAGGAUGUUCACCUGAACUGGAGCGGGGUUCAACAGCAAUUGUAGAGAAGUGUGACGGCCUUCCACUUGCUCUUGUGUGUAUGGCCAAGUUUUUGCUAGGCGAGAAUGAGCUCACGGGAAGCCACUGUGCGCGAGUUUGCCACAACCUCGGGCAUCAUAUGGAGAAGGAGGCAGACUUCACAAAACUGCAACAGGUUCUUGUAAAUAACUACAGCAGCCUGUCUGGUUAUCCUCUGAGGACCUCCUUGCUAUACACGAGUGUGUUCCCAAAUGGUCGCCCAAUCAGGAGGAAUACUUUAAUCAGGCGAUGGCUAGCUGAAGGGUAUGUCCAGUGUCAAUAUAAACGCAGUGAUCUGGAGGUAGCAGAUGAAAACUUCCGGGAACUUAUUGACCGGAAUAUCAUCCGGCCGAUCGAUGCUAGCCACAAUGCAAAAGUGAAGACGUGCAGAACUCAUGGAAUCAUGCACGAGUUCAUGCUGCACAAGUCAAUGUCUGAUAACUUCAUCACAUCUCUUCAUGAUCAAAACCGAAGUAAUUUCCGUCACCUGUUCAUCCAAAACCAUGCAAGUGGCAGCACCUUGAGCUCGAACCAGCGUACAAGUCCAGCAAGCGAUGAUGCAGCUGGCAGUGAGAAAUUCCGCGCCCGGUCUCUGACCAUCUCUGGGGAUGCGGGAGAAGCUGCUUCUGAGUUUUGCAGGUGCGAGCUGCUGCGAGUGUUGGAUCUGGGAGAAUGCAAUGAUUUGGAGGACAGUCAUCUCAAGGACAUACAUAAGCUGUGGCAUCUAAAAUAUCUGAGCCUUGGGGGCACUAUCAGCAACCUUCCGAAGAAAAUUGACAAGCUACACUGUUUAGAGACCCUGGAUCUGAGGAAGACAAAGAUAGAGGUAUUGCCAGUGGAAGUCAUUGGGUUGCCUCACCUAGCUUACCUGUUUGGAAAGUUUAAGUUUGGGAAAAAGGACUUGAGAAAGAGCGAAAUAGCGGAGUUCUCGCAAAGAAAAAGUAAGUUGAAGUCUCUUGCAGGAUUUUAUGCAGAUGGAAACCCUGGGUUUCUACAACUGAUGGCUCAUAUGAAAGAACUGAAAAAGGUUAAGAUAUGGUGUGAAUCCACUGGCGCAGACAACAAAGGCUUGCCUGACAUUUCAAAGGCAGUUCAGAAGUUUGCUCAGGAUGGCAUGGACACAACCGGCGUUCGUUCUCUGUCACUCAAUCUUGGGAAUACCAUGGGUGACUUCCUGGGUUCUAUUCAAGAAUAUUGUUAUCUUAGCUCGCUGAAACUGCACGGCCAGCUUAGUGUAUUGCCUCAGUUUGUUACAUCCUUAUGUGGCCUCACAGAGUUGUGCCUUUCAUCGACCAAUCUGAUGGGGCAUGAUCUAUCGAACCUGCGCAAGCUGCGCUACUUGCUUUACCUCAAGCUGGUUGAGGCUGACCUUGGGAGCUUCACCAUAGACAAUGGGGACUUCCCAAGCCUGCGACGCCUAUGCCUUGUGGUGAAAAUGCCCAUCCUCCCUGCAGUCAAAGAGGGAGCACUGCCGUACCUUGUCUCACUCCAGCUGCUCUGUAAAGACCUCUUUGAUCUUUCAGGCAUGAGGAUCGAGUUCCAUGAUUGUCUUGAGGAAGUUGCCCUCGAUUCUAUGGUCAGUGCCAGAACAGCAGAAAUGUGGGAAGCCGCAGCGAAGAAGCAUCCAAAGAGACCAAAAGUUGUGUUUCUCAAAAGGAUUGAUCCGAGCGAACCCGAAUCUGCUGUGAAAUACGUCACGGCGGAUGGGCCGACACGUGAGAAAUGCAUAGUCGAUUCGCCUCAGUCAGGUUCUGUGAGCAAACACGGUCCGUAUCUGAAGAAGACGGUUGUUUCAGAACCCCCUCGAGCUGCAUCCGAGCUGUCCAGUGCUGCGAACGGUGCGAUGCCUCCUUCUGCAAGCAUAUGUUGA